CAUAAUUCCAAGAUGACGCGGGCGGUCAACUUCGAGAGCACGCACAGCGCCAAGGCGGCGGCAGUCAAGAAGCAAGUGGAUGCGGAUCCCUUGGACGAAAGCCUGAUCAGUCUGUUGGAAGCUUAUUUAGAUGAACAAAUUGCCACGGGUACUGUCGAUGAAGAAGCCAACAUGAUGUUGCUCAAGUUGUACACGAUCUAUUCUACCCCUGUGGACCAUCAACUUCCUCGUGCGAUUCAAAUCUUGGUCAAGGGCCUGAUGACCUUGCCUUCCAACUUCUUCUUGGGCGCGAGCUACCUGGUCUCGGAAUCGUUGCGCAAGAACAAGGACGUCACGGAACUUCUGCAAGCCGGCUCGUUGCUCCAAACGUGCCUCUUCCCUGCGUUCUGGCAAUUGCCGCUUGUGUCCGCGAAGAAAGUGCCUGGGUUUGACGCGGCUGUCCGAGAAUACAUCGUGUCUGCAAUCUCUCGAAGUCACGACGUCGUUGCCGCCGCCUUUGUCGCGCAACAGCUGCAUCUUGAUAGCAAGGAAGUCGAAGCGUUGGUCACAGCGCACGGAUGGACUAUCCAAGGCACGUCGUUUGUCGUGCCGGCCAACGCAGACAACCAGAUGCGUCCCAAGAAGUUCAAAGAAGACAUUGCCUUCACUGACUUGUUGGACACGAUCAAUGUGCUGUCCCGCUAACUAGACUAAUCCUUCCUUCAUCCA